CUUUAACUAUUUGAUAGACAAAUUUUUAUAUGUAAAAUUUACAUGUGAAAACAAGAUCUUACCUAAACUAUUAUUUCAGUGCAUUUUACAUUUUUCAAACAAUUUUGUGCUAGUAAUACAUGGUAAAGGGCCAACUAUAAAGUAAAUAUUUAAGAACUAAAAAGUUAUUUUUGUAUUAAUAGUGUACAUUGAAAAUGUAAUUUCAUUUUAAUUUUAUGAGAUGGCUAUGGUUUUCCCAAUCCUAACCAUUUGCUUUAAUUGAAAAUAUAACCUUUACUAGUACAGUUUUAAUCAAUAAAAAAAGCUUUUUCUUAUGAAAAGUAAACUAAUUGUAAUUGUACUUUUAGUUAAAAAAAUGGAGAUACCCUUACUCAAUAACACUUCGUGAUAGAAAUUGAUCUCAGGAGUUUCAAAUACAUAUGUAUAAGAGGCUUUCUAUUGCUUUCCAACAUAAAUGGUUGAAAAGUAGAAUUGAGGAGAGAAGUGAAAAUCGCAGAGAUAGUGUGUUCGAAUAUUAAAAUUAAAGCGUGAGAAGGUGGGAAAGAAGCGGAAUCUCUCUGUUGCGAUUUGUUUUAAGUUCAGUUUUUGCAUUUUGUUUUGUGAUUCGGCUUGGGUCUCACAGGAGAAGAUGGAAAGCGGUGAGGAACAGAAGUACGGAGUUCGGAAAUUAGAGAUCUCAGACAAGAGCAAAGGCUUCAUCGAGUUGCUGCAGCAACUCAGCGUUUGCGAUUCCGUCUCUGACAGAGACUUCGAGGAUCGAUUUCGAGAGCUCAGUGCCGUUGGAGAUGAUCACGUUAUCGGCGUGAUUGAAGACGAGGCUUCUGGAAAGAUCAUUGCGACGGGGAGCGUGUUUAUUGAGAAGAAAUUUUUGAGAAAUUGCGGCAAAGUUGGGCACAUUGAGGACGUUGUUGUGGAUUCCAGCGCUCGUGGGAAGCAUUUGGGAAAGAGAAUCAUCAGCUUCCUGACGGAGCAUGCGCGUUCCAUGGGAUGCUAUAAGGUCAUUCUUGAUUGCAGCCUCGAUAAUAAGGCGUUCUACGAGAAAUGUGGCUUCCAGCAUAAAUCUCUUCAGAUGGCUAUGUAUUUUGCUCACCACUAGUUUUCUACUAUCUCGCCUUCUCGUUUGAAAUCCCAUCGACAAGAUUGAAGAAUCCAGCCGCAUUUCACCAGGGUCACAAAUGCAUCCAAAGGAGGCAGCAUGGAGGUUGCACUUAUGGAGACAAGAAUUGAGCUUAUGCAGCGGCUGUCAUAGGAUUUGUCUCCACUAAAGCAAAAGGUGCACUUCAAAGGAUAAAAUAUAAUCAUUGGUUAAAGAAUUAACAAAAUAAUACAAAUAACUUUGUCAUAUACGUUCAUGUAUUUGGUCAUUAUCACAACAGUUAAUUUUCUAAAUUUAAAUUCAUUAUCUUCUAAA